AUGAAUAAACUAAUUGUUGUUCUCAUUAUUACCAUUUAUGGGGCCGAUGCUGUGGAUGAAGACGAAAAGAUUGUAUGCGAUUACUUCUCCGAGAGGACUGAUGGCCAAGUAAAUUUAUUAUUAAAGAGGAUACCCAUUCAGAUUAUUUAUUCAGAUGACAGGAAUGAAAACGGAGGGAUUCUUCCAGGAGCCCUGGCCACAUUACAAUGCCAUAACGGGAAUAUUCGAAGGAUACGAUGUACAUCUGCGGGAUGGAGACCUCAGGAGUUCAUUCCAUGCGAGUUGUUAGCGCGAGGUAUUAUUUCUAGCAUUGCAUUUUACUUCUGUUCGGUUUAAUUUCUGACUCUUUUAAAAUUGCCUUUCUUUCCCUCAGAUGCCUCAGGCGUUGAGAGUAGGACCACCCCUGUCAGUGGUUGUCCUUCGUUGACCAAUGUCUCUAAUGGGUUCGUUGUUUAUUCCCCUCUUGGGUUGGCCCCAUUUCGCCCGGAUACCGAGGCAACUGUCUUGUGUAAUCUUGGAUUUGUACCCUCCGGAAAUCUGGUAACAAAAUGCCAAAAUAAUGGGAACUGGACUGAAUUCGGGGGUUGUAUUUCAGCCUCAGGGCAGAAGUGUCAACCAUUAGCGGAAGUUCCGAAUGCUCAGGUAAGAAAUUUUGUUGUUAUCAGGCAAUGGUACCAACAACCGGGAAUGGACGUAAAGUUUUAGAUCUCAUAUGUCAGUGAUUUAAAUGGUCCCUUUGGAGUAGGAGCCAUUGCUGAAUUAACAUGUAACAUUGGAUAUAUGAUGAACGGCGUUAGUCGAAUCACGUGCAACGACGAGGGCUGGAAGCCAGAAAAAUUCGGGUCUUGCGAGGAGGUAAGUCAUACUUUGUCCUCAUGAAAUUGUUCUCAUCUUUAUCUAUUUCAUUCAGGAUGAGGCUAUGAGUCGUAUAAAGAAACAAAUCUUGGUAUGUGUAAGAAUUAGCUUGCUCUUUCAUCUUUGGCAUUGUUUUUGCUGAAGUUAUUUGCAAAACUUUAGGGUAGUGGCUAAUCGUAUUAUAUCAGACGUGACUCAUGGGAACCUAUGUGCUGUGAAAACAGAGUUAGGAAAUCUGUUUCUGGGCGUGUCGGAAUCCUAUCAAUUGAGCUACUUUUAUUAAAACUGAAACGGCUGUAAAAACUGGUUUAUUUGCUAAAAAGUUUCAUUUUAAGCGUUGCCUCAAAUGUUAUGUUAGGCUCUGUGGAUAUUCCUUUCUUGCUCUUCCUUUUGCGUUUUCUUAUUUUCACGCAUAUUCAGGGAAUUGGAUCAGGGUCUUGUUUGCCUCUGUCGGUUAUCAAUGGUCAAAUAAAUUACAUCCAAUCCAACCCCACUUCUCUUUAUUCUUCUGGUACUACUGCAAUUCUAACAUGCAACAGUGACUUUACUCCCAUUGGAAGUUCAAGUUCAUAUUGUAGUGGCACUGCUUGGACACCGCCUUUAGGUAAGGUGACUAACGUGUGAAGAACCUGAUAUCAGGGCAAUGUCAGAGUACAGUAAAUGGGAUGAACCCCCAAGGAGUAACGGGAUUGACAGGUUUCGGUGGAAGUACUUGUCUGCCAAUGAUCGCAACCCUUAAUUCGAAUAUUGUUUACUCAUCCGGCUCGACCGCCGGUCCUUUCCCUACUGGCACAACCGCUACUUUAUUGUGUAAUAUUGGGUACUCAUCUCAAACGAGUACAAUUACAUCGCUUUGUCAAAAUGGAGUCUGGUAUCCAUCCAGUCUGGGACCUUGUACUGCAGGAAUAGGGACAACCCCAGGCAUUGGAUCCCUUGGAGGAUUUGGGACUGCUCUGGGUGGUAUGUCUUGUAUGGCCGAGCCUACUCCCAUCAAUGGACAAAUUCAAUACAGUUCCACGAACACGAUCGGUUCCUAUCCGGAGGGUUCUUCGGCUACUCUCAUCUGUCAGUCAGGUGAGUCUUUUAAUGGGUUUCCAAUUCGAUGUUUUUUCCAGCUCGCCAUCUUUAAGCGGAAACUAUUAUAACUGCAAGAAUAUACAUUAAUACUGUAUUUAGGAUCUAUGGUAAGCGGGGCAAGCACCACUUAUUGCCGAUCCGGACAGUGGUAUCCCCCGCUCGGACAGUGUAUCUAUCAAAACGGACUGACCAGCAAUCUUAUUAACGGAUUCGGAACUACGGCUUCGGUUUGUCCUCUUGGAAUUACACCACCUCUGAAUGGCCAAGUCACGUACUCGACCGGCCUGGGCGUGGGACCGUUCCCACAAGGAACCGUUGCCACAUUAACGUGCACACAAGGGGUCUCCAUUGGCAAGUUUCUAUUUUUGUGGUCAAUGGAAAUGUAAUAUAACUAUGAAAAAGGUUUCCAGGUCCAGCAAGUGCCACUUGUUCCUAUGGCCAAUGGCUCCCUCCAACCUUCCAAGGGUGUGAAAAUACGAAUGGUGGGAUAGGAACGACAAACGGAAUUGGCGGGAACGAAUGUAUCUCGGGACCGAUUGCUCUCGGUGGCAGUGUACAGUACUCUCAGGGAGGUAACAUCGGUCCCUUCCCGUCCGGCACUACCGCCACUCUACUUUGCGCAUCUGGUCAACCGUUAAGUGGACAGUCGACAGCGAUGUGCUCUGCCGGAGUGUGGUCUCCAUCGAGUUUAGGGCCGUGCCAGGGAUUAGGACAGACUCAGACGGGGGUGAAUGGCUUCACUGGACUCAAUGGCUUUACAAAUGGAGGUUUCAGCCAAUGUAUUAUUGGUCUUGUUGCCCCAAUUAAUGGCCGAAUUACGUAUUCACAAGGCAGUUCGGUGGGUCCGUUCCCCUCGGGAACCAGUGCCACGCUUUCAUGUGAUAUCGGGUAUACUCCUUAUGGUCAGACAACAUCUUAUUGUCAGAACGGAGUGUUCAGUCCGUCAAGUUUAGGAGCUUGUUUAUCUUCCCAGACCGGAUCGACCUCUAGUCUCGCAGGCUCCGGUAUUAGUAAGUGAGUGUCUGGAAGAACUUGGGAUGACUAUCUCGUUCUUUCUAGGUAGUUGUUACAGUCUUCCAAACAGUGUAAAUGGUAUUGUUUCUUAUACAAACCUCCCGUCCUUAACCGGAACCUACCCAAUCGGUACCACCGCCAGUCUCCAAUGUAAUAUGGGGUUCUAUUCUCUCGGGAGCACGACCUCGACUUGUUUGAGUAACGGAUGGUCAACUUACAGCCUGGGAUCAUGCGUCUCCCAGAUCACUACCGGUUAA